AUUCAGAUAUCGGGUAAAACUAAACUGCUUAUUUUAAUUAAAGUUGAGGUCUACUAUUCGAGUUUCCUGUUAGGCGUGUACGAGGCUACCGCAAAUUCCUUAACUAUGAAUUCCUUGCAUAGUCCAAAACACUACGUUAACACUCAUAUUGGUGCACCGUUUUAUGGCGUCUCCAUACAAAGCUCUACAAAGGUGCGUGAAACGUUUCGGCAAAUAACUCAGAAACUAUGGGCCACAAAGACCUGCGACUUGGAUAAAUCGUUCAAAAAUUCGUCUUUUAUAACGUUUCACUUUCUUGGCUUCUUCCAGGGGACUUUUUGUUGCGUGACAAUGAAAACGAUCUAUUCACUUUACUUCACUCAGCUUCAUGAUCACUUUCCCUAUUUACCCUCCCCAGUUCACCAGAUUCUUGCAAGGUUAUAACCCUUACUAGUAUAAAGAAAAAAAUUUGGAGCCCCGUGGGGGGCGUAAAAAUCUUUACCAGCGGCUGGAAAGAACUGUUUAAUGAAAAGUAAGAAAAGAAACAUGCACUGUUAGGUCGAAAAUGAAGUUUUUUUUUCUUGGCAAUGUCACAUGGUUUCUUUCAGAGUAUGGGAAUUACCCUAGUCUGCUACACAGCCAUUUUUAGCGUCGUCACGCAAUGCUCCUCCCCACUAACACCGCCGCCGCAGCCGUUAGUAGGGAGGAGCGUUGCGUGACGACACUAAAAACGGCUGUGUAGCAGUCUAGAAUUACCCCGGCUCAUCUAUCGUCCAUUAAGAAACGGUCCAGAUAAGAACGAUAGCAACAACGGCAACGAACAUGUUGGAAUGCAAAAAAGGUGCUAACUUUUCUAUUGUCUGUACUUACUUCUGAUUGGCUUAAACAGCAAAAGUUAACAAAACUUCAUAAAGCAGUACAUAUAUUCAUCCUUACUUUCCAACCAUCUUCCAUAUAACAAAAUCUGGUCUCAGUUUGAAUAACAAAGAAAUCCUAUGUGGGGAACAUGUAAAAUUGUAAACUUUUCUUGGCUAUUGUUUUCAACUCUUGUGAUUGGUCAAAAUCUUUUAACACAAAAAAACACCCUUUCAAAGUGGAGUGUAAAUGCAUUUUAUUGCGUAAACGGCCUUCAUGUAGGUUUAUGCAUUCUCUGUGUAAAAAUGAGAACAUUCCUAUGUGGGGAAAGCACCGUUGCCGCAUAACAAAAAAAACUGCUAUCCACAUUACCCGGAUCAUUACUUAAUGUCUAAAAAAAUUAUUUUUUGGUAGGGGGGGGGGAGGGAGGGGGCAAAAAAUCUCACUAGUAAAGAGAACAUUUCAUAAAAGAUGCAAAAGAACAUACUCAAAAAGGAUGGAAACUCAAUUUUUCUCUACAGCCACCUCAAUCAACUGUUUUAAAUGCUAUUCAAGCAUCUCCAUGGAAGACUGCAUAAAGUUCCACAAACCAACUCCCUGCCCAAAAAACACGGUACACUGCCGAAACAUGACGGUUGGAGUCCACGUUAAACUGCUCAACAACGAGUAUGUGAUCGGCUACGAAAGAGGCUGUGCAACGCAAGACCAAUGUCUUCGCAAAAGAUGCACUGGUAAUUUUGGCGAGCAGUUAGGAGUAGAGAAAGGCAAGUACGAAUUAUGUGAGAUAAGUUGCUGUGAGGGAAAUUUGUGCCCUGAAGGAAAUGCUACUGUUAGUGCCCAGGGCCCUCCGGUGGCAGGGGCUCGCAGCGGAUCUGCAACUGUUCAAUGGAGUUCCCUUGUAACACUGGGGAUAUUGAUCAUUGCUGUUGGUACGGUUUUCUUGUUAAACCAUAGUUAA